AUGGCCCUGGAAGAUCGCUGCAGCCCACAGAGUGCCCCGAGUCCACCGCAUCACCAUCACAGCAGCCAGAGCCCGGCCAGCACGACCACGGUCACGAUGGCAACGGCAACCGCUGCCGCCAGCCCCGCCUCGAGCCCCGCGUCCAAGAUGACGACGGUCGCUAGCGCCGCUAGUUCGCCUAGCCGCGACGAGAUGCCGCUAGUGGUACCGAUCUCGCCGCUGCACAUCAAGCAGGAACCGCUGUGCGAUCCACCGCAGCCCGCGCUUCAGCAGCAACCGCCUCAGCAGACCGCCACCAGCAUCACCUUCUCGAUCUCGAACAUCCUGAGCGAUCGAUUCGGGAAGACCACCGUCCCGCAGCCACCUUCCCCGGUCCCGCCGACCCGAGAGCCAAGUCCUGUGGUGCAGCUUCAUCUUCCUUACUCGCCUCACACCCUGCAGGCGCACCAUGCGCAUCUACAGACGGUGGCCCAUCUGCACCCGGGACAUCCUGCCCUACACCCUGCGUACGCCGUCCACCACUACCACCCGCACCCGCAAUCCUUGCCGAUCGUUCCGCAGCCUCAGCGACCCCUCGAACGGCGGGACAGCCUCUUCCGACCGUACGACAUCAGCAAGAGCCCGCGGUUGUGCAGCAGCAAUGGGAGCAGUGCGGCAACGCCCCUACCUCAUCCCUACCACACGGACAGCGAAUCUCAGGACUCCACCUCGGCGACCAGCCCGGCAACGUACGGUGACAUCGUGUCGCCCGCGUCAUCCGCAGGUCCUCCGCCAGCUAGUAGCGCCAGUCCCACGGGAAGUUACGGCUCCACCCGACUCCCGGACGUGUACGACUACAGCCGCAAGUCCAACCCGUCCGCUCUCGACCACCGGGCGGCCCUCCUGAAUGGGUUCAGUGCGGCCGCAAGCUAUCCCAAACUGCACGAGGAGAUCAUCAACAGCCACCGGAAGUUCCAGGCCAAACUGAUCGAGUCGCAAACGAAGACGGCGGCGGCGGCAGCGGCAGCAGUGGCCGCAGCGGCCUCCGUCAACCACUCGCACAUCCCACCACUCGGUAGCCUCUGCAAGACGGUGUCGCAGAUCGGUCAGCAUGUCGCCGGUACCGGUAGCCUUAACGGAAGUUCCAGUGCGUCCUCCAACAAUGGUUCGGGCUCCUUUGCCAACGCCAACGGCACAACGAACGGAACAGGUGACCGGGGCAGUGGAACGGGCGCCUCGAAGCCAACUCCCAAACCGAUCCCCAAACCGUUGUCGGUCAGCGGUUCGGAGGGUAAUGGCGGUGGCAGCGUGAACGGGUCGUCCUCGCACGAUGGCGGUAUGGAGUCGUCGGAUGACGCCAAGUCGGAAACGAGCAGCACCAAGGACGGCGAAAACGGUAGCAACCUUUGGCCGGCCUGGGUUUACUGCACCCGCUACAGCGAUCGCCCCAGUUCCGGUCCUCGGUAUCGGCGCACGAAGCAACCGAAGGAAAAGGGCGAAAGCGAAGAGAAACGCCCGCGGACGGCCUUCUCGAAUGCGCAACUGCAAAGACUGAAGAAUGAAUUCAACGAGAACCGCUACCUGACGGAGAAGCGCCGCCAGUCGCUGAGCGCCGAGCUGGGCCUGAACGAGGCGCAGAUCAAGAUCUGGUUCCAGAACAAGCGGGCCAAGAUCAAGAAGAGCUCGUCGGAGAAGAACCCGCUCGCCCUGCAGCUGAUGGCCCAAGGUCUGUACAAUCACUCGACGGUGCCGCUCACGAAGGAGGAGGAGGAGCUCGAGAUGCGCAUGAACGGGCAGAUUCCGUAG